AUGGCCUCGAAACGAUCACCAAGCACGGCCUCCCAAAAAGCCGCCACAUGCGCCUUCACACUCUUCAAGCUCGGUGCCAUCGCCUGUGCCCUGCUGCUCCUGAUAUGCGGCACGAGCAUCCUUCGAGGCAGCCAUGGUGGUAGAGACGACCUGCUCGGCAAAUCGUUCUCAAUGGUUUCUUUCAAUGGGAUCGCCGCAAAAGACGCCGGUACCACGCUUCCCUAUUUGACCAGAAUGCGCUGGUUCCUAAACUCGUUCGCCUGGGAAUGGCUCGAGACCAGCACCGAAAUCAACGCCGCCGGCUACGUAUUCGUCCAGCCCUUGCACCCCCUGCAGAUGCCGGCGGCUCUCCGAGAUGUCACCAGCUCGCUCUACGUCGCCGGCCACAUGAUGAACACAUGCACCCUGGCCAAGGACACGUGCGUCCGCGCCAGCAAGGCCUUCUUCGCGGCCUUUGAUUCCGUGCCGCGCCUGACCCUCAACAACGGCCCGGCCUUCGUCAUCUACAUCGCCGCCGUCGUCCUCGACUUCGUGACCCCGGCCGUCUUCAGCUGCCUCGCCUUCUUCUCCGACAAUGGCGUCGAGAAGCGUCACCCGUGGCUGAGGACGGGCGCGUCCUCCCUGCCCGCGGCCUGCCACAUCGCCUCGGCUUCGCUGUUGACUUACAACGCCAGCUCCCUCGUCAGGUACCUCAACCAGUUCCCGGAAAUCCCCGCAGGCGCCUCCAUCGGACUGCGUUUCCUGAUCGUCGCCUGGUGCGGUGUCCUCGCCGAGUUGUUGGCCGUCGCAGUCAACGUCGUCCGCGUCUUUCUGGCACGCUCUCGCAGCAACCGCAGGAGCACGGCCAGCAAUCGUAGCAUUCCGUCGGGGUCUCGGUUGAAAACAGAAUAUGCCUGA